GGUAUACAUGAAGGAUUAAAAUAGUCCAAACCCCCAUACAUUAACGACCAUUUUGAUCAUUUCCUCAACUAUAAAAUGUAAAUAAGAUUAUGAGUCUUGAAAUGCAAACAAAAGAGUCCUAAAUUAAUCAUGACCAAACUAGAACAUGAACAUCCAUGCGGCUAAAAACUUUGUGCAUCGGAUCUGCUUGUUAGAUUCUCUCUUUUUCCCCUCUCCCAAAUUCUUUUGGGUUUCUAUACAAAGUCUCAAACAAUAAAUAGGGGAAAUAAAUAACAAUUAAAUAAACAAAAGAGAACCAAACCAACGUAAUAGUUUAUGUGUGUUUGCAUGUAUCGAUGGCAACAAGUAAUAGUGAAGAUUUACCUGAAGGAACAGUAAAGAAUGUGUUAGACCAAGAUACCCUUAAGUGGGUAUUUGUAGGUGGCAAAGGUGGUGUUGGUAAAACAACAUGCAGUUCUAUAUUGGGUAUCCUUCUUUCUCAGGUCAGAUCAUCUGUUCUAAUCAUAUCUACUGAUCCUGCUCAUAAUCUCAGUGAUGCUUUUCAACAAAGGUUUACAAAGGCUCCUACCCUUGUUAAUGGAUUCAACAAUUUGUAUGCCAUGGAAGUUGAUCCAACCGUGGAGAAUGACGAGACAAUUGGUUCUGAUGGAAUGGAUGAUUUUCUGUCUGAUUUGGCAAAUGCAAUUCCUGGAAUUGAUGAAGCUAUGAGUUUCGCUGAGAUGCUCAAAUUGGUGCAAACAAUGGACUACUCUUGCAUAGUGUUUGAUACAGCCCCCACUGGACAUACUCUCCGGUUAUUACAAUUCCCAUCGACACUAGAGAAGGGGCUUGCCAAAGUGAUGAGUUUAAGGAAUAAAUUUGGUGGCGUUAUAAGUCAGAUGAGUCGUAUCUUUGGUGUAGACACUGAAUUUGGCGAGGAUGCGAUCCUAGGCAAACUUGAAGGCAUGAAAGAUAUAAUUGAACAAGUGAACAGACAGUUCAAGGAUCCAGACUUGACGACAUUCGUUUGUGUUUGCAUUCCGGAAUUCCUCUCUCUGUAUGAGACUGAAAGGCUUGUCCAGGAACUCACUAAAUUCGAGAUUGAUACACAUAACAUUAUAAUUAACCAAGUGCUUUUCGAUGAAGAAGUUGUUGAAUCCAAGCUGCUGAAGGCUAGGAUGCGGAUGCAACAAAAGUACUUGGACCAAUUCUACCUGUUAUAUGACGACUUCAAUAUUUCCAAGCUGCCUUUGCUGCCACAAGAGGUUUGUGGUGUUGAAGCGCUGAAAGCAUUUUCACAUAACUUUCUGACACCGUAUCAACCUUCGCUUGAUCGAGGUUCAGUGGAAGAGCUGGAAAUGAGAAUAGCCACACUGAAAGAACAGUUGAAAGAUGCCGAAGAAGAACUGGAAAAACUUAGAGCAAGCCAACAAGAAGGUAUAAUGUAGAAAGACUUGGCGGACGGAGGGCAUUUUGACCUUCAAUUUUUUUUUCUUCUUUCCAUCUUUAGGAAACAGUGUCAUCUGAAAAGUCAAUGUUUUACUUGAGAGAACUAGUUUGUAGAAAUUUUUUCAUUUCUUUUAGUUCUUUUGUACCUUCAAAGAGAGACAAUAAAUGAGGUUAUCACAUUCAUGAAGUAAACUUUACCACCAUUUAGUGUAUUUUCAAGUGGACUUUGAUGAAUGCCAGCGGUUAUCAGUGAGAAGGUUC